AUGCUCUCACGGUACUUCCCAAUCUUUUUCAUGGCACUUUGCCCAUUGAUUGGCAUAGGCAACCAAGCUUACUCUGUGAUCUCCCAAGAGAAUGAGGACACUGGUCAAUGGGUUUUCGCUGUCUAUGCAGACGGGUACCAGGCAAAAGAUGAGGAGGGCAAUCAGGCGCCUGUUGACAUCGUCGGAAUAAACACAAAAUCCAAACGCCUCACUGUCCAGUCGGCCAUGAACGGGCUUGACACAACGGAGCCGCGCCUCAAGAUGCGCCAGGUUCUCAAAGAGUGCUGGACGCUGGCGAAUCUUGAGCCGUCAGAAUUGAAAGAGGUGCUGGGAUACCGAAUUGAGAACAAGGAUAUGCAAGCGGCCAUCGCAGACUGCCGCAAGGAGAUGGGCCUGCAAUCUGGGGAUUCUUUUGAGAUAGCCAGUACAGACACAGAACAGACCCACACGACCUGUUGGGAAAGGCUCGGAAAAACAAUCUUCUCGUCUGCUAUUAAGGGCGCCAUAGCGGACUUCGAUAUCAACAAGCAGCUCGUUCAGGUCAAGGUGGAUAAUGGGGGAGCGUAUGACCACGUCUACUACGAGUUUUCAUAA